GAUCCUUUGGGCGGACGAAGGGGGAUAACUCAAUGAUAUAUUGACAUUCGUGCUACAAGAACAACAACAACAGGUGCGACACACAGAGGGAAAAGAAGUUUGAAUGAUGGCCGAUCUACCGAUCACUCUGGAAUUCAGUGGUGGUGCAGAACUACUCUUUGGAAAUAUUAAGAAACAUGAUGUGAGUCUCCCAGGCGAUGCAGGUGGAUGGACCAUGAAAAAGUUAUUGCCAUGGAUCAAAGAAAAUAUGUUGAAAGAGAGGCCAGAAUUAUUUUUGCAAGGGAAUACUAUACGGCCAGGGAUUCUGGUUUUGAUAAACGAUGCAGACUGGGAACUUCUGGGUCAGUUGGACUACACAUUAACGCCUAAUGACAAAGUGAUGUUCAUUUCCACACUUCACGGAGGAUGAUAAGAUCACAGAGGUUUUGAUGAAUGUGGCGACGAAACCUUCCUGGGCAAUUAACUGCUUGAGGAACUGACCGUAAAGAAGCUCAUUGAGAAACAAAACUUUGUGGGUGUAAAACAAGCUUUCAGCUAUAAAUUCUUCCGUGAGGCUGGUAC